AUGCCGCCGGCCAACUCACCUUCGAAUGAUGGAUAUCUGGUUCCCGAUAACGUGAUUAUCUGUGAUCUAUUUGAAACCGAUACUACCAUACCAUCUCACGUUCAAUAUCUCAUAUCUUUGCAGCAGAAUACCCCUCAUUCUCCUCCAUCCGCUUCCUCACUUCAGCAACUCAGCGCUGUCUCCACUCCCCUUCCAUCUCUCCCAACUUCCGUAUCCGACGAUGUUCAUGACGAUAACGUGAGCUUUCUGCGAUCUCGAGUACGCUCUCCACCCGGCUCCUCCUCUUCCCUGAGUCGUCAACGCCGUCGUCGACAACAGACCUUGCCAGAGCUCGAUCCCAUGGAUGUGGAUGAUCCUACGGCUUUGCGCAUGUCAGUUGAAAUCAACCGUCGCAUCCCCAUCGUGCGCCGUGAACACGAUUCCUCCAGCAGCAAUAAUAAUAACAGUAUGCCUAACUAUGAAGGCCGCAUUUCGAACUCUCGUUCACUUUAUGGAUGGGCGCCUGCUUCCGAUGAUGACGACGAGGAGGAUGACCACGAUAUGACCUAUGGACCACUUCAGGAUAGCAACACUAUUUCCUCCUGGUUUGGACGGUUGUCUGAUCGCAACGCGCCGAGGCGCCCUAUGCGCCGCGACCCCGUCGCUCAAGAUCCACACACCUUCUUAGAAGCACCCCCGGAAAGCAACACCCAACGUUUGAGUGACUAUUCUCCGUUAUCGACAACAGAGGCACUGCUACAAUCUGUGCGACGUCAACCGCGGUUUUCCCGGACACGGACAUUGCAUAAUUAUCUUUUGGAUCGUGAAAGAGCCAGUCAGGACUUGGAAGAGAGCAGAGAACGAUCGGGCCCGGCAGCUACAUCGCGGGCAUACAGAUUCCUGCCUAGUAGCCGUGGUGAACCGCACCGACUUCUUACACACAAUGAGCUCCGCGCCCGGAUAAACGCCCAUCGACAACUGCAUUUGGAUAACCCCCCUAGUCCCCGGUUAAAAGAGACCAUCAAAUAUCUCGACCCGGCCGCCGGGGGGUUCGUUCGGUUGGAUUUCUUGCCCUGGGAUGAGGAUGAUUUUAUUCUAGAUACAGCUUCCAUCGCGCCACCGCCAAUAUGUUCCUGGCUUCAGCCUGGGAUGGUUUUCUCGGGUUCGCAAAGGGCCGCCAGCAGUGCCAAUUCUUUCUCUGCGCAGCGAGUGUCAAGUCCACCAUCAUCACACGACCCUCUGAUUGUCAAUGGAAGUGAACAGAGCGGCGGCCGGAUCCCCGUACAGACAACCAGUGGUCGACGGUACAUGGCCAAUAACAUUUACAACCUGGGUACUGGUAGAGACGAGAAUUGGCCCGUCAAAGUCACCAUUCAUGACAUCAAUCCGGAGGAGAUGACCCUCUCAGGAACCAUGGAGGCAUACAACAUUCCCGACAAAACAUCACCGUCCCACGAUGCUCAUAUAGUUACAUUCCUAGAAGGAGAGAUCAUCGACUUUAACACCCAUACACUCGAAACUAAGAAUUUCAAAGCCGAUGCCGAGAUCGACUGUACAUACUGGCGUGAACUACAACCGUUCAAAAACUUGUCGGAUGAAGCGAUGACGCGGAGCCUUGUAAGUCGGAAAUGGAUAACAGAGGAAUUGUCCAAGGGUUGGAUUUUGAUGCGAUGGAAAGGCAAGCUCAUGCUCCAGCUUCCUUCUGGGCCCCCAGCAUUGCUAACCUAG